AUGGCGCUUGUCGAGGCCUGGAAGGUGGACCAAAUCGACGCACUCCUCACGUACCGGCGUCUCCACGGCAAUCUCGAGAUACCCAUCGGCUUUUUUGUGCCAUCAACUGCCGAAUGGCCGAGUGCGAUGCACGACGUGCAGCCCACACGCGUACUUCCGGUGCUGCGUAAGCACGUCUACGAGCCUCCCGAGGACUACGCCGAUGGUUGUCUCGCCGACGAGCACCCGGUGCACCCGCCAUUAUCGUUUGAUGUGCCGGCGGAGCCGCCGUGGCCGCAAGAUCUCUGGGGCGUCGACUUGCUCCAGCUCAGCGACAAGCGCGAUGCGUGGCUUGCAGAGAUGGCGAUCCAGUAUAGCGCGUCGCUGGCACUGCUCCAGGUGCCGUCGAUCGAGCCGCCCGCAGUGACUUUCAACAAAGUCUACCCGGUGCAACUCGUGCUGCAGUGCAUUGAGGUGAUGCGUCGUUGA